AUGUCGGACGAGGAAUCGUACUACGAGGACGAGGAGGUCGACGAGGAAGAAGUCGAGGAGGUCGAAGAGGAGGCUGAGGAGGAGGAAGAGGAAGAGCGCCCCACCGCCAAGACAACCUAUGAGGGCGGCGAUGAUGGGCUAACUGAGGCCGAGAAGGCCAUGCUGGCCGCCAAGAAACGCCACGAAGAUGAGGACAACGCCAAGCUCCACGACUAUCAGUCGAGCCGACAGACCGAGAAGGAGCGCGAGGAUGAGGAGCUUCGCCGGAUGAAGGAGAAGCAAGAGGAGCGUCGCCUUCGUCGCGAGCAGGAGGAGCGUGACGCCGAGGAGCGGCGCCGUAUCAACGAGGAGCGCCAGCGCCAGGAGGAGCUUGAGCGCCGUCAGCGCAUGGAGGCCGAGAGGCAAAAGAAGGAGGACAUGAAGAAGAAGCAACAAGCCGCCCUGCUCGGUGGCGCCUUCAGCACAAACGCUGAGGGUGGACGUAACUUCACCAUCCCCAAGAAGGCGGCCACCGACGACAAGUUCGGUAACAUCGUGCAGGCCAAACAAGAAAUGGGCAUGACCAAGGACCAGCAGGAAGAGCAGAAGAAGCAAUUCAUGGCUCAACUCCGCAGGAGCAUCGAAGAAGAGAAGCAGGAUAAGAAGGACAAGAUCAAGACCCUCCACCAGCGCAUCUGCAAGCUGGAAGCCGACAAAUUCGACUUGGAAAAGCGCAACGAGCGUCAGACCUACGAUCUGAAAGAAUUGAAUGAGCGUCAACGACAGGAGCAGCGUAAGCUGUUGAACAAGCCCGGUGCCGCCGAUGACACUGGUGGCCGCCACCCGCCCAAGGUCCAGGUCGCCUCCAAAUACGAUCGACAAAUCGAUCGCCGUAAUUUCAAGGAGCGCAGAUCGAUGUUUGAGAACAAAAAUGCGUACCCUUGCUUCCCUGGACUUCCCCCGCCACCAGUCCUCCUCGAAAAGGUCAUCAAGAAGCUGCAGUACGAAAUUGACAAAGAAGAAGAAGACGCCGAAGAAGCUGCCCGUGCUGAGGAGGAAGAGGAAGAGGAGGAGGAGGAGGAA